GAGGGAGGGAGAGGCUGGAUUGUGGGCGAGGAGCGGAACUGUUGUUUAAGGAAUUAGUUGCAGGCGGCGGGGCGGAACCUGUGGAGCGGAGGCGCCGGGAGUCGGUUGGAAAAUUAAAUCGGAAGAAAAGAGGCGAAGCGGAGGGAGCGGCCGAAGGCGGUAGUGACGGGGCUGCGAUGGUGAUCUAGAUUCUUCCUAGGAAACAGAAGAAAAAAGUCUGAUGGAAGUUGUGAUAGUUCUUUGUUGAAUAUUGCCGUGACUCGUCGAGUGGAUGUAGGAUUCCUGAAAACUUGCUAGAAUAAAGGGAGAUACUGGACUUGUAUAAUUUGAGAUGCCUGAACUGCUAGAGGACAUUUGGAGUUAUAGUAGAAGCUAGAAGUUGGGAUAUUUCUCUGUAUGAGAGGUUGGAUGAGGUACUGUCCGUCUGGCCAAUUUUGGAGGAAGUAAAAUUCAUCGGCAGUUAAGAGCAGAAAGUUGAAAGGAUUCAAUACUGCUACAUCUCAUGGAGACAUAGCUUGAUUACCUGUGAACUUUGCUGUAGAAAACUAUAGGGAAAACAGAAAAUGUCAUCAAACAAGAGCCAAAACCCACAUGGGCUUAAGCAGAUAGGCCUGGAUCAGAUAUGGGAUGACCUUCGAGCUGGCAUUCAACAGGUUUACACCAGACAGAGCAUGGCAAAAUCAAGAUACAUGGAACUAUACACUCACGUUUAUAACUAUUGUACCAGUGUCCACCAGUCAAAUCAAGCGCGAGGAGGAGGAACAGCUGCUGCCAAAAAACAGAAGGGCCAAACCCCCGGGGGAGCUCAGUUUGUAGGGCUGGAACUCUACAAACGUCUAAAAGAGUUUCUGAAAAAUUAUUUGACAAAUCUUCUUAAGGAUGGUGAAGAUUUGAUGGAUGAGAGUGUAUUGAAGUUUUAUACCCAGCAGUGGGAAGAUUACAGGUUUUCUAGUAAGGUAUUGAAUGGAAUCUGUGCCUACCUCAAUCGACACUGGGUCCGUCGUGAAUGUGAUGAAGGACGUAAAGGAAUUUAUGAAAUAUAUUCGCUUGCUUUGGUGACAUGGCGGGAUUGCUUAUUUAGACCAUUAAAUAAACAGGUUACAAAUGCAGUUUUGAAGCUGAUUGAAAAAGAGAGAAAUGGUGAAACCAUCAACACCAGACUGAUUAGUGGUGUGGUUCAGUCGUAUGUGGAACUUGGGCUGAAUGAAGAUGAUGCUUUUGCAAAGGGACCCACAUUAACUGUGUAUAAAGAAUCAUUUGAGUCACAAUUUUUGGCUGACACGGAGAGAUUUUACACAAGGGAAAGCACUGAAUUUCUACAGCAAAACCCUGUAACAGAAUACAUGAAAAAGGCGGAGGCUCGGCUGCUGGAGGAACAACGCCGCGUACAAGUUUAUCUUCAUGAAAGUACACAAGAUGAGCUGGCUCGUAAAUGUGAACAAGUACUUAUUGAAAAACAUCUAGAAAUUUUUCAUACGGAGUUCCAGAACUUAUUAGAUGCUGAUAAAAAUGAAGAUCUGGGUAGGAUGUAUAACCUCGUUUCUCGAAUCCAAGAUGGCCUUGGGGAACUGAAGAAGCUUCUAGAAACACACAUUCAUAACCAGGGUUUGGCUGCCAUUGAGAAGUGUGGAGAAGCUGCUCUAAAUGACCCCAAAAUGUAUGUACAGACAAUUUUGGAUGUUCAUAAGAAGUAUAAUGCAUUAGUGAUGUCAGCAUUCAACAAUGAUGCUGGUUUUGUGGCUGCUUUGGAUAAGGCAUGUGGCCGUUUCAUAAAUAAUAAUGCAGUGACAAAAAUGGCUCAGUCAUCAAGUAAAUCUCCAGAACUCUUGGCACGAUACUGUGACUCACUACUGAAGAAAAGCUCAAAGAAUCCAGAAGAAGCUGAGCUUGAGGAUACACUUAAUCAAGUGAUGGUGGUGUUUAAGUAUAUUGAAGACAAAGAUGUAUUCCAGAAGUUCUAUGCCAAGAUGUUAGCAAAGAGACUGGUUCAUCAGAACAGUGCUAGUGAUGAUGCAGAAGCCAGUAUGAUCUCCAAACUAAAGCAAGCCUGUGGCUUUGAGUAUACCUCUAAACUCCAGCGAAUGUUUCAAGAUAUUGGUGUGAGCAAAGACUUGAAUGAACAAUUCAAAAAGCAUUUGUCUAACUCUGAACCGCUUGACUUGGAUUUCAGUAUUCAGGUUUUGAGCUCCGGUUCUUGGCCUUUUCAGCAGUCCUGCACAUUUGCACUCCCAUCUGAGUUGGAACGCAGUUACCAGAGAUUCACAGCAUUCUAUGCCAGUCGCCACAGUGGUCGGAAAUUGACGUGGCUCUAUCAGUUGUCCAAAGGCGAGCUAGUCACAAACUGCUUCAAAAACAGAUAUACAUUACAGGCAUCCACAUUCCAGAUGGCGAUCCUACUUCAGUAUAACACAGAGGAUGCCUACACUGUUCAACAGUUAACAGACAGCACUCAAAUCAAAAUGGACAUCUUGGUACAGGUUUUACAGAUAUUGUUGAAGUCCAAACUGCUGGUUUUGGAAGAUGAGAGUGCAAAUGUGGAUGAAGUAGAGAUGAAGCCUGACACAUUAAUCAAACUGUACUUGGGGUACAAAAAUAAAAAGCUGAGGGUGAACAUUAAUGUACCGAUGAAGACCGAGCAGAAACAAGAGCAAGAGACCACACACAAAAACAUAGAAGAAGAUAGGAAGCUGUUGAUUCAGGCUGCAAUUGUGCGAAUAAUGAAGAUGAGAAAAGUUCUGAAACAUCAGCAGUUACUGGCAGAGGUACUGAAUCAACUCUCUUCCAGAUUCAAACCUAGGGUCCCAGUCAUUAAGAAAUGCAUCGACAUACUGAUAGAAAAGGAGUAUUUGGAGCGUGUGGAUGGGGAAAAGGACACAUACAGUUAUUUGGCUUAAUAUUAUAAAAGUGUCCGAAUAAAACUUCAUUCCUAAGACAUACUGGCUUUGAAUACAGAGAAUGCUAUUAGUUUUGUGAUAAAGAUGGGAAUGUAAAAGAUUGCAUUCUUGAACUCCAUUGCAGCCAGUCUGCUGCCCGCUGGACCUCCGGUAACUGUGAGAGUGGAAACCACCAGCCAGUCACAUUUACUUUACAGAACUGUUCUCAGGAUUGCUACAUUUCAAUAUGUAAAUAUCGAAAGAAACCCCUAACCUUAAUUCAGUAAAGUGAUAAAAAAAAAGGAAUUGAACCUUCUACAUAGGGGUUGCAUGCUACUGCCUAUCUGCAUUUAAAAACCUUACUUCAGCUAUACAUGGUCACCACUGCUCUGAAUGUAAGGGGCAGCAGGAAAAAAAACUAAUUUAUGAAUGCAAUGUUGGCAGCACUUUCCAAAAGCAUACUAGUGAAUUUGAACGAGCCCUUUAGAAAAUGUGUAAUCUGCAUUAUCUGCUACAAGAAAAACCAUUUGUAUAGUGUGGUUCAUUUUUUAAUGUGUGAUAAAUAAAAUUUAAUGAUUUCUGUAAA